AUGGAGAGGGAUGCAGUACUGGGAGACGAGGGCAAAAUAGGAAUUGGAAGGGUCGUCGAGGAGGGCGGUGGCCAGGAGGCGGCGGGCGGCGGAGAUGAGGGUAGGGGAGGCGCGCUGGGUCUUCUUCGCGCUGAUGAAUCGGCAGCCGGAGAAGACUCCGCCGGGAGGCGUGACGCCGGAGGAGGGGUCGGCGUGGACGUAGAUGUUGUACAGGGCCUCGUUGCCCCGGAAGAAGAGGUCCCAGAGAGGGGCGAAAUGGAGAUCCGUGUUGGUGAGGAAGAGGUACGCGAUUUUGGGGACGCCGCCGCCGUCGAGGGAGGCCAGGGUGGCGCGGCGGAAGAGGGCGAUGUCGUCGAGCUCGUCGGGGAGCGAGAUGCGGGCGGGUUUGGGAGGGAGGAUGUGAGGGGCAAACAGGAAAAGCAAUGGGAAGGAGAGCAAAAGGGCUAA